AUGGUGACUCCCCAUCCGAUCGUUGUACGUGAGGUUUGGCAAGACAACCUCGAACAAGAAUUCUCUGAAAUCGCCCGAGCUCUCCCCCAUCAUCGUUUCGUUGCCUUGGACACUGAGUUUCCAGGCCACGUCUUCCCUGCUCCCUGCCGUAAUCACUCUAAACUGUCUCCCGCUGAGAAUUACCUAUCCAUGAAGCGCAACGUUGAUGCAACUAAGAUUAUUCAACUGGGUCUGGCUCUGUGCGAUGCCAACGGGGAUUCUUGCGUUGUGUGGCAGUUCAAUUUCAGGGACUUCAACAAGGAGACUGAUCUUCUCAAUCCGGACUCUAUUGCGUUACUGGAGCGGCAGGGAAUUGACUUCCAAAAAAAUCAAGAAAUGGGUAUAAACUCUCUGGAUUUUGCGAGGCUAAUCAUAAAUUCUGGUCUCUUAAGAAAUCCGACCAUCACUUGGGCAACUUUCCACGGAGCUUAUGAUUUUGGAUACUUGAUCAAAAUCUUGAUCGGGCGAGAACUGCCGGUAUUUGAUAUUAAAAAUAUGAUCAGAAUGUGUGAUGGACUGUAUGGAGGGUUGGAGAAGGUAGCCAAGGCUCUAGGGGUGGAUCGGGUUGCUGGGUCGUGUCACCAAGCUGGGUCUGACAGUCUGUUAAUGUUGCAGACCAUAAUGAAACUGAAAAAUGUACAUUUCUUUGGAAAAUUUUUGAUUGAGUUUCAGUUGGUUCUUUACGGCUUGGAAGUUGACAGAACUAGACUCUUGACUGCACCAAAGUUUCCUAAGAUUAUUUACGUUAUGCAUCCUGGAAAUUGUUGUCUAAGCAUUCCUUACUGCCUGCAACCCAUAAAAUGUGGUCCAAGAGUGUUUCAAGGGAGUUAUGGUGGAUAUUAUGUAUGA